UAACAGUUCAAUGGAAUUCGAAGGGAUUUUCUUCUACAAUCAAUACUCUCCAGAACCUCUAUAUAUACAGUGCUCUUCUAAAUCCAUCCAUAUAGUUGCAUUCAUCACACAAAGAUGGCCCUUCAUUCUUGCAUUUUCUUCAUCUUUUUUCUCUUGCUCAAAUUCUCAACCACUUGCUUUUAUGCAAGGUCUCUCACUGAACCAAUCAAAGGAGGUUUCAGUGUUGAACUGAUUCACAGAGACUCACCAAAAUCUCCAUUCUACAAUCCCACCAAAACCCUUUUUCAGAAACUCAACACCUCUUUCCACCGUACUUUGGACCGUGUUAAUCACUUCUACGAAAAACCAAAAGCUACCAAAAACACACCACAGUCUGUCAUAAUCUCCAACCAGGGAGAGUACCUUGUGAAGUACUCCAUCGGAACACCACCGUUUGAACUGAUGGGCAUUGCUGACACCGGUAGUGAUCUCAUUUGGUCACAGUGCAAGCCUUGUGAACAGUGUUACAACCAAACCAGUCCAUUGUUUGACCCUUCCAAAUCCAAAACAUACGAACCUGUCUCUUGCUACUCCACGGUGUGUCAGACUCUGGGUCAAACUUAUUGCUUAUCUGAUGCUCAACCCAAUUGCCAGUAUACCAUAUCCUACGGUGAUGGAUCUCAUUCUCAAGGAAAUCUUGCCUUUGACACACUCACUUUGGGUUCUAAUACAGAUUCCUCAGUUGCAUUUCCCAGUAUUCCCGUUGGUUGUGGUGUGAACAAUGCUGGUACAUUUGACAGUGAAGGGUCUGGCAUAGUUGGUUUAGGAGGUGGUCAUGUCUCGCUUGUCUCCCAGAUAGGUCCUUCAAUUGAUUUCAAAUUCUCCUAUUGCUUGGUGCCAUUGUUUCAUCCCAAAAGCUCAAGUAAAUUAAAUUUUGGAGAAAAUGCUGUUGUGGGUGGCCCUGGAACAGUUUCUACACCAAUCAUACCUGGUUCUGUUGAUACAUUCUAUUACCUUAGAUUGGAGGGGAUGAGUGUGGGGUCCAAAAGGAUUGAGUUUGUGGAUGAUUCAUUGUCAGAUGAUGAAAAGGGUAACAUCAUAAUCGAUUCAGGAACCACUCUCACAAUUUUGCCAGAAAAAUUUUAUGCCAAAUUGGAGUCAGAAGUUGCUGCUAACAUCAACCUAGAACGAGUGAAUAUCACAGACCAAAUUCUAAGCCUUUGUUACAACUCUGGAGGACAUAAUGCAGUUGAGGCUCCACCUAUUGUUGCACAUUUUAGUGGUGCGGAUGUUGUGUUGGAUUCUUUGAACACUUUUGUUAGUGUGUCUGAUGAUGUUUUGUGUUUUGCUUUUGCCCCAGUGGCAACUGGUUCCAUCUUUGGUAACUUAGCACAGAUGAACUACUUAGUUGGUUAUGAUUUGCUGAGGAAAACUGUCUCCUUUAAGCCCACUGAUUGCACCAAGAUGUAA